GCAGAGAAGAGGAGGCGGCAGAGAAGAGGAGGAGGCAGGACAGUGGGAGGAAGGACCGGCUUUGCUCCCGCGACCGCUCCUGCGACCGCUGCCGCGCCGCCCUCUCGCUGCCCUCUCGCCGCCCGCGGGCGCCGCGCUCCGCCGCUGCGCAUCCGCUUCCGCCGCCCCCGCCGCGCCCGCGUCCCUGGUGUCUGGCAGCCGGCGGCAGCGCGGACUCGCCGCAUCUCGCACGAUAUAACAGAAAACAAUUUCAACAUGUCAUCAGUCAAGCGCUUGGUUUAUGCAGUCAUCCAUUUCUUGAGAGAACAGAGUCAGAUGGAUACUUUCACUCCAGAUGAACAAGAAAGCUUGGAAGUUGCAAUUCAGUGUCUGGAGACCGUGUUUAAGAUUACCCUGGAAGAUACUCAUCUUGCAUCCUCACAGCAUUUGAUAGAAAUGUUCACAAAUUCUAUUCAAAAGAAUGAGAUGCUGCCUCUCUCACGUUCCUUACCAGAAGGCGUUGUAAAGGCUGAUCAACUGAAGGAUGAAGGUAAUAACCAUAUGAAGGAAGAAAAUUAUGAUGCUGCAGUGGAUUGUUACACUAGGGCUAUAGAACUGGAUCCAAACAAUGCAGUCUAUUACUGCAACAGGGCUGCUGCUCAAAGUAAGCUCAACAACUUCAGGGAAGCAAUAAAGGACUGUGAGAGUGCCAUAGCAAUAGAUCCAAAGUACAGCAAAGCAUAUGGAAGAAUGGGGUUGGCUCUGACUUCAGUGAAUAAAUACGAAGAAGCAGUUACCAGUUAUCAAAAAGCACUGGAUCUUGAUCCAGAGAAUGACUCUUACAAGUCAAAUUUGAAAAUAGCAGAACAGAAACUGAGAGACAUGUCCAGUCCUACUGGAACUGGACUCAGUUUUGACAUGGCAAGCUUGAUAAACAAUCCUGCCUUCAUUAGUAUGGCAGCAAGCUUAAUGCAAAAUCCUCAGAUUCAACAACUGAUGUCAGGGAUGAUGUCAAAUGCCAUUGGGGGCCCUGCCGCUGGCGUUGGUGGCCUUUCGGAUUUGUCCAGCCUGAUCCACGCGGGGCAGCAGUUUGCACAGCAGAUACAGCAGCAGAAUCCUGAGCUCAUAGAGCAACUGAGAAAUCAUAUCCGGAGCAGAUAUUUGAGUGGCAGCACUGAAGAACAUUCCUGACUUCAAGGAGUCAUGUGAAUUGGAAUCAUAUAUAACCCCAAAAUGCAUACCAUAGUUAGUAGCAAAAGCACCAUUGUAACUCUUCUGCUUGAAUAGAAGACAGAAAAUUCUUUGUGUGUGUUUGCAAACAAGAAUAAAUCUGGUAAACAGAUCUCUUGCACAUAACUUGGAACAUAGCAUUUAUGUAUAGUUACUCCUCUGAAAAUUAAUACACUGAAUAGGUGAUUUAUUAAAAUCCCCAAGUCCAAGUCAUUUGAGUAUGUGCAUCAGAUUGACCUCUGGGGCUACUGAGUGGGGAGGAGUUUUGUAGUGUGCUGAUCUUGCCCAACAGCUACUUCUAAAAUGCAAGUGUAAAAGACAUGUUACUCAUAUGGCGUGAAUUAUGACAGCUGUACUCCUUUAAACAGCACUGAAAUACUGAAAUAAUAGACUCAUCUGAUGUGCCCUUUUAUAAUGAGCAUUAAGUAGUGUUGGAGUAUAGUGUACUUAAAAUUCAUGCUGGAAAAGUCUGUUUCCUUAAUGCUGUGGAGGAGCCUUCAUGAGUAACAGGAGAUUAUUUUUCAACUUCAUUGGGCAUAAGAGAGGGAGGUGACUGCAUAUGAAGGAGUAUCACACAUUGGAGAAUGUGUGGAGAUAGAGAAGACAAUAAUUCUGUGUAGGAUAAUGCACAGAAAUAAAAAUGGAACUUGUCUUGGGAAAGGAAAGAGAAGUUGUAGGCUUUUCUACUGCCAUGUAUACCCUCACAUCAGGAUGGUAGCCCUGGAGGUCAGAAUUAUGGCACUAUGUUCCUAGGCAUGGCAAGCUGUAUUACAUUCCGUAUGUAUGCAGUAUUUAAUAUAAACUUAAAAUUCUUAACUGUAAUAAGCUAAAACUGAGCCUGUGACUGUACAAAUAACUAGUACUGAAAAUCUUAAAAAAUAACUGCCUUAGAAGGAUUCUUUUUUAUUCUUGUGUGAUAAAUCACUGGCUUAAACAAUUGGGGAUUUUUUUUAAUUACACAUAUCUAUCUAAAAUAAUGGUUAUAUAGUCAAGGUAAAGAUUUUUUGACUCUAUAGUAUUUGUUUCUUGCUCAGUUAAUAUUACUCUUGCAAGAUUGCUGCUCUUCUGUAUGUCUAGUAUGUUAACUUUUUUUACUCUGCUUACUGUUCACACUGCUUUCUGAUAUGAAGUACACUUGUUCUUAGCCCAGGGAGGUUCUCAACACACUUUCCUCUUUGUAUAUCUAAACUAAUUUAAGGAGCCUGCUUUGAUUUCUUAGACAAAGUGAUCUCUCAUGGCCAGUUAGUCUGGAGGAGGUAUGUGGAGGAGUAACAAUAAACUCCCAAAUGGAGGAAUAUACGGGAACUCUUGAACUCUUGAACUUUAUAUCCAAUUGAUUUUGUGCUCAUAAAAGACCUCCUCCAGCAGAAGCAAAUGCAAAAUUUAGGGCUAAGCAAUAUACUUGAUUCUAACAAAUUAUAGUUGUGCAUCUCUGGUAUAAAUCUUACCCUACUAAACCAGACAGAAAAAUGCAGUUGGAUCCAAGCAGAAAUUAAAGGAAUUGGAGAGAACACAAAUCUAGGAAAUCCAUAUUACCAUAUGUUGAAUAAAGAGGUAAAGCUUAAUAGAUAAACAGUUUGAAGACAUUUCAUACUUUAUUGAAUAGCGUGCCUAUAUACAGCAUUGAAAUGUUUUUUAAAAUUCUCUCUAAGUUGGUAUAGCUGCUUUCUUCAGGCUGUAGAGAUACUUAAGCUUUACAUUAAAUACAUUUUUAAGUAACAGCUUCUGACUCAGCAUCUGAUGACAAGAAAGCAAAUCCCUAAAGGGAUUUUUUUUAGAGGUAGCUCAAAUCCUGAAUUUAAUCCAUUCAAGGAAACUUACUAAAUUCAAUUACACUGAGCAAGACAGGGAUACCAUUUAGAAGGAAGAUUUAUGGACGCUCUGAGUGGGCUACAAAAGUGUACAGGUAUUACUUGGAAUAGUAUGUAUCCUGUUAAACUUCAUAGUUCCUUUUAAUUCUCAUUCAUAUCUUCACCUACUCAAAAUGUUUUUCACUAACUUUGAUGGGGGAAACAAAAAAUCCAUGGUGGACUGGACAGGUCUGCCAAUAUCUCCCUAGAAACUCAAAUUAUUCUCACUUUGCAAAAGCAGUUCUCAAGCACUUUUCUGCUGUAAGGCAGUGUGCCAAGAAUUUAAUAAGAGUUCCUUAAGAACUACAAAAUAUGUUAAUAUCCAAAGAUGGCAGAAGAAGCUGUGUACUUGUUCUGUCAAGUACAAGCUCCAUAGCUUACUGGAUUUAUGGGAGAACAAUCUCCAAGGUUAAAUGGAAUGAAGCAUUGGUUAGUUAUCUGAAAACUACUCUCAAAGUCAUCUUCAUGGAGUUGUAACUUUCAUUUCACAUGCUACAAUAUUGUUGUGUUUAGGUUUUACUUCAGAUAACACAUAGUAUAGAUUAAAACAUUAACAGCAUUAGCUAAGUCUUCAGGAAUGUGCUACAACUGACUGGCACAAUACUUUACUAGUAAACACUCUCUGUUUCUUGUGUAUUAACAGAAGGGGCUUUAUAGCCUAAACAAAAAACAGUGAAAACAGUAACAGGAGCUGUCAUUACAUGCUUUUCCACUGAAACCAUGAACAGAGAGAUCAUUUAUGCUAAAGUCUGCUUUUCUUUGAAUUGCCUAGAUUGUUUCAGUCAUGCAACAUGUCUUAAUCACAGGGUGUGGAAGAAAUCUUUUCUGUGUAGUAACUGCACUGUAUCUUGCGCUAAAAUUUUUCAUCCUGCUAGAUAAAGUGGUAAACCACAAUCCCUGUAAAUAUUGCUUUAAUAUAAGGUCAGCUGCUGUUUAUCGUUCAACUGAGCAAAGCCACAUUUACACCUAAUUGGUUUUGUAUGAUUACUGUUCCAUCAGUGUAUAAGUAUAAUAAUUUGUUAGAGAAGAAAUUAUUUUGCAAUCAAUUGUAGACUCCUGUAACCUGCUUGCAUGGGAGUAUAUUCUUCUAACUAUGAUCAUAAAGACACCUAAUGAAAUGUUCAGCUUAGAAAUUGUUUCAGUUGCACUCUUGGUUUUGUAACAAGUGCAAAGUAAAAUCACUCAUGCAUACUGAGAUAGAACUAGCUCUGUAUCUUUGAGUAGAUUGUUUCAUGGCAACAGAAAGUCAUACUGGCAUAAUGCAACGUGUCUACUGUUUCUGUAUCUCUCCUACCUCUUACUGCCAUGUGGUUACAUCUUCUUCAAUUUGUGUAGUUUAACUUGAAGAUAUAUUAUAAAUAAAGUAAUACACUUUUUUGUCUGUA